GAAGAAGGAGAAUGGGAUCGAGAAAAGGGAUCUCAGCAGCCGGAGUCUACUCCGCUAAACAGUGCUCUGAGAUCUGAGGUUGAAAGGAGGGAGGUGCAUCGAUUCCGGGAAGAUGCAGGUUUGGGCUAGAAUUUCGCUUUAGAUUGCUUAGAGGACUGUUUCUACGGGGGCUGCUUAGUAGUGGGUUGUCUUGUGUGCUUGCUCGGGAGUAGAGGAGGGUCUGGGAAAUCUAUCUACUGGAGGGGUGGGAUUUUUUGUAGCCUUUAGCUGGAUUUUAGAAGCCAGUGAGUAUGGAUCUCUCGCUUCAAGUUGCAUUAGUCCUGUAUUUCUCCUCCACAUAUGAUCCACAUCUCCAAUCUUCCCGACGGAGUGAUGGAGGAGAAUCUGGUGGAAUUGCUCGCUGAAGCUGGAGAGCCGAAGGUUGGUCGAGAAGGUAUUAAAGUUUUCAAGACAUAUCGUGGCGAUUGCGAGGCCGAGGUCGUUCUGGAGGAUCCAAAAGCUGCAAAGGGAUUGAUCAAAUGGUUCGAUGGCUAUGAAUACAAAGGAAGCAAAAUCCAAGUCUCUCUGGCACGUAAGAAAAGUGGAAGCCGAAGCCGCAGUCCCAGCCUCAGUCCUCGCAGAGGAAGGUUCAGUGACUUCCCUUUUAGAGCGGCGUUUAGAGGAAGAGGCCGGAGAUACGAUGGACCAGGACGAGGUGGAGGAUUUGGUCGAGGCCGGGGGCCUUCUGACGACUUCCGUGCGGACGGCUUUGGACGUAACAAUCCCAAUGUUGCUCCGAGAGAAGGCGACUGGAUAUGCACAGAACCAACCUGUGGAAAUCUAAACUUUGCUCGAAGGACCGCUUGUAACAACUGCAGCCGGCCCAGGAGAGACAUGAGUCCCUUCCGGAUGGAUCCUCCAAACUUUCGGCCACUGCCACCUCCGUUCCUCGAUGGACCGCCGCCUGUAGGCAUGGACAGACCGAUUGGUGGUGGAUUCGGGCCGCCGGGACCGAUGUGGGAGCGCAGACCCUUCGACGACUUCGGUCCCCCGGAGCACCACUUCCCGGACAGGCACUUCCAUCCGGGCAGGGACGUGAGAUCUCGAGAAGGCUUCGACCAUCGAUACGAGCACGAAAGAUUCGACAGGGAGAGAUUUGAUAAACCAGGAGGCUUCGAUAGAGGAGGAAGUUUUUAUGGUGGUGGACACAGGGAGAGGGAAAGAGACUACUAUCACGAGAACAGGGGGCCGCCCCCAGGAGGCUUUAGAGACGAGAGACGACCGCCAUCGCCUUAUGCUCCUCGCUGGGGAGGAGGAGGACGAGACUAUCGAGAGAGAAGCCGGUCUCCAGUUCCAGUUCGCAGGGACCGCUACAAGUCGGAGUGGUCACAUUUGGAUCACCGCGAUGGUAGCAGUCGAAGGGACAGCGGCGGAGCGAGACGAGACCAGAGAAACACGAUUCGAAGGUGAAUCACUUUAGAUGAGAAUUUGUUCCUUUUCUUUUACUUAUUUACCUCACAUUCUAACACAUAGUCAAGUUCGUUGCUU